UCUGAAGUGCCUGAAACGGUGAAGAAUCUUACUCCUUUUAAACAUAGCCUUGGAAUUUGCAAAAGAACAUGUAAUAUGCCAAUGAUGCCUAAAACUGGCUUCAAAAAUAGGAGGUCCGGGUGCGGAUAUUUCAAGAAAUAGUUGAAAGCCAAACACUUAAAUCUCAAAUCAGAAAAGAGAUUGCCUGAGACAGAUAGGAGCAAACAAAUUAAAGCAAUGGAAAGAGUGGAAGAGAAGCUCAACUUUUACCACUUUAGCCAUGAACAUUCACUAGAGCAAACCAAUUCACCUCCCAAGCAAAACAAUACAUGUGCAGGCUGCAAUCUGAUGAUACUCCCCGGUAAGGACUACUACAGCUGCAGAAAAUGCCCAUUUUUCCUACACCAAGUUUGCUACAAUAUGCCUCGAAAAACUCGCCACCCGGCACAUCCAAACCACUAUUUGAAUCUCCAUGCUUCACCUUCAAGCAAAGGAGCUAUAAAUUGCAAGGCUUGUGGAAAGCAUGUUGCCGGCUUUUACUAUCAUUGUGCGGAAUGUGGCCUCUACUACCAUAGCUUGUGCUCCAUCCUGCCUUUCUCUAUUGCAACUUCAUCACACCCUCACGCGUUAAAAUUGUCAUUUUUGCCCCCCUGCGAUUUGUGCUGCGAUAUCUGCAGUGAGCCUGCUUAUGAUGGAUGGCUCUAUAGGUGUCACAUAUGUGAGUUUGAUGCUCAUCUUUCUUGUGGCAUUUCUGAUCAAAAACUUCUUGACAGUUCUCAAAGUUACAAUAUUGAAGGCAAGGAGCUAUUGCAGUUGGUAAGGCAUGGAUUUGUAAGAAGUGGAUCACAUCAGAUUACAGAAGCAAACAUGCCCGAUACCAUCGCUCAGAACCCAAGACCACAAUUUUUGUAUCGAGAUUCAUCAGCUCCUGUCUCUGAAGACACGACUCUGACUCCGAGUAAUCAAUUUAGUGAUGCAUAUUUUUCCAUAGAUUUGGCCAAGUCCUAUUCUAAUUCACCCUAUGCUCAGAAAAACGAAGGGAGGAAAGAAAGUGGUCGUCAAGGUCCAAAUGGUACUGCUGAAUUAGUCCAAGGAACAUUUCAGUCCAGCAAGGUCAGCAAUAAAGUAGGACCAGAAAACAAAAUGAAUGAAGCAUUCUUGACUCGAAGUGACACACUUACCAGGAAGGAAUUAGGCCCAGAGAAGAAGAGAAAACCAAGUGAAACCAUGGGGAGGUCAAACAUCGGAAAUCAGAGUACUAAAUCGGAUACUCAAGAGUCAAGCGUUUCAUUUUUCCAGAUGCUCUCUGGGUGCUGCAAUCCGGGAUAUGAAAGAAAUAUCUGACUAUAUCAGCUGCCACAUAAAGUGAAAUACAGUCAUUUAGGUGAUCCCAAGAAAGUGGUUCACCUAACUUUAUUCGUGACAAAACUGUCUUUGAAGAGGAUAGCAGAUGGAAAGUUCAGUUUAAUGCAGUAGUGUUCUUUCUGUGAUCGAAUUAAUUCAGUCGAGGCAAUAUAUCAUAAUUCCAGUGUGCAAGAAUAAUCACAAGAACAUCACAAGCUCCUAAGGGUUCGGGCUAUACAUGAUCGAUUGAUUGUGUCACCCAUGAAUGAUUUCAAAUGUCGAUCUGUGUAUUUUGUUGAGUGUGUAAACUAUUAAAGCUACAAAUAAAUCAGAAAUUAUUCCAGCACCAGUUAACCCAUUAUGCGGCUAUGUUUUAUUACUACUAGCAAUGUGCCCGAGUUUCUCACUAGUGAUAUUAUGAUGUUAAUGAAAAAUAGAUCGAUUACAAAGAA